AGGGAAACCCCGCAAUGUCCGGAGGUCUCGACGUUCUGCAGAUGAAGGAGGAGGAUGUCCUCAAAUUCCUCGCUGCCGGGACCCACCUGGGAGGCACCAACCUUGACUUCCAGAUGGAGCAGUAUAUCUACAAAAGGAAAAGCGAUGGUAUUUACAUCAUCAAUCUGAAGAGGACCUGGGAAAAGCUCCUCCUGGCAGCCCGUGCUAUUGUUGCCAUUGAGAACCCAGCUGAUGUGAGCGUCAUUUCUUCCAGAAAUACUGGACAGCGUGCUGUUCUGAAGUUUGCUGCUGCCACUGGGGCUACUCCUAUUGCUGGACGUUUCACCCCUGGUACCUUCACAAAUCAGAUCCAGGCAGCUUUCCGUGAGCCACGACUCCUGGUUGUUACGGACCCCCGGGCUGAUCAUCAGCCACUGACAGAGGCAUCUUACGUCAACAUCCCCACCAUUGCGCUGUGCAACACUGACUCCCCACUGCGUUAUGUGGAUAUUGCUAUUCCCUGCAACAAUAAGGGAGCCCAUUCCGUGGGUCUGAUGUGGUGGAUGCUGGCUCGGGAGGUCCUGCGCAUGCGUGGCACCAUCUCCCGCGAACACCCAUGGGAAGUCAUGCCCGACUUGUACUUCUACAGGGACCCUGAGGAGGUCGAAAAGUAGGAGCAGGCUGCUGCUGAGAAAGCAGUUACGAAGGAGGAGUUCCAGACCGAAUGGACAGCCCCAGCUCCUGAAUUCACGGCUCCUCCUCAGCCUGAGGUUGCAGAUUGGUCCGAGGGAGUGCAGGUCCCAUCUGUGCCCAUCCAGCAGUUCCCCACAGGUCAGUUUGGG